GAUAUCCCAUGGAAAAAAAGAACCUUGAAAAUUUAUUAAUCCAGAAAAGAAUUAGAUUCCAAAGAGCACCAUGAGGGCGAGUUGAUGGCAUUUGAUGGUGUAGAAUGCCUCUUAGGGUGGUCAAAAAGCUACAUCAUAGUUCUUGUUCCCUCUCAGUGCCAAUGACACAAACUCAGAAUGGAGAACACAGCAUCAAAACAUGAACUCAUAAAGCCAGUAAUCCUCAAAGCUGGUAUUCCUUUGGCCUUGUCUUUGGCUGGUGUCAUCUAUGCCUGGAUCAGCACAAAGAAAAGGUUAUCCUCUAAUUUAUCAGCAAAUCAUGCAAAUUCCCCUGAAACCAAUUCUCACCAGGAGCAUAAGCAUGAAGAAAGUUGCCAUAGUCAUAGCCUUGCUUCUAUUGAAGAUGAAGGAUGCAGUACUACCUCAAUGGAUGCUAGUGUUUUUUGUUUAGAACAAGAGAUUUCUGGCCUAAGAAGCCAAAUUGAAGGUAUGAAAAUAAGAGAAUUGGCCUUGCGUUUUCAGUUUGAUCAGUAUUGUGAUUUGAAAGAGCAACAAUCUCUGCUUGGUGAGAUGAAGAACAUGAUGUCUCUGGAGACCGCCCGCGUGGACUUAUUGGAUAGGGAGAUUUCAUCCAUGGAGACAGAGAAUAAGAGAUUGGAGAAUUUCGCAGUUCAAUAUCUCAGAGUUGUUGAACAGAUUGAGUAUUGGAAAUCUGAGAAUAGAAUGCUGAGGAAAAAGCUUCAGAAGCUAAUGAGGAAAUCAAAGGCGCUAACACGCCUCACAAAGGAGCAGGCUUUGAAGAUCAAAGAGGAAGAAGCAGAAAUUUCAAGAAACCGUGAUGCCUUGGGAACAAAAAUGAAUGUUAUUGACAAAUUAGAGGAUGAAAUGAGAGAGCUGCAAAGGGUUUUAGAUUUAUUGCAGGAUGAGAAGAAUGAACUUCAGAAGAAGCUUGACAUAGCAGAAAAAUCAUAUCAUGAGUCUAAGGCUUUCCAUUUGCAGACUGAAGCAGGGGAUGUAAGUAGGGAAGAAUACAAACAGCUUCUGGAUGAAUUGGAGAGGACCAAGAAGGAAAGAACAGAUGAAGCUAAUGAACUCAUCCACUUGCGGUGGACCAAUGCUUGCCUAAGGCAUGACCUUAUGAGGCACCAAGAACAACAACAACAAAAUCAGGAUAGAAACCAUAUAGAACUGGAAUUUGGAGGAAGCCAUGAAGUUAUCCAUUAUGACUCGGAGCAUGAAUUACGCCACCAUUCCCCUUUGGAGCAUCAUAGUUUUCCUUCCUCUGAGGAGCAUCAUAGAUACAGUGCUUGUUCGAAAAGGAAAAAGUUGCUUGGAAGGCUAAAGAGAUGGGUGGAAGGAAGUGAAAAGCCAAGAGUGAGGCAUUCUGUUUCAAGAGGGGUAGAGAAACAUCAUGUUCCUGCAAGGAUGUCAUGCUCUAGUGAUAUAGUUUGAGUUACAUUCCACUCCAUCUCAUACCAUUUACCAUGUAGUUGUCUCAUGUCUGCACUUGAGAGAGAAGACAGAAACUUACUUUGGAUAGGAGCAGGACAGUGAGAGUGUGAGUAUGGCUAUUCAGAUAAAUGUUUAACAACAGAUAUGCAAUUACAUCCAUGUCUUUUCCCUGAUACAUAAUGAUCUAACUAUUAUUCUGUUUUCUCAUUCAAUAAUACUCAUCGAGUCCAUAAUUUUUA